CCCAGGCGCUAUACCGCCAAGCUGGUGCACAGCCCGACUAUGGUUGAACCGCUCCAGGUCCAAGUGGUCCGACACUUGCUCGCUGCCCACUGCUUUCCAUUCUCUGUUUUUCGAUAUUUUUCUUUGCUGUCACGCCUCCUUUUCCUACACUUUGCGUUUUCGAUGCCCAUGUCGCCGCCGUCGCCAUCAUCGCCGCCGUCGCCGCCACACGAGCAGAGCGGUGCUCGAUCGCCAGCAGCCGAUGGAUCAGAGAUCAAUAUGGCAAAAGGAGCACGGCUGUUCCGUACGCGCUGCGGGCUCUGCCACACAGUGACGCCUGGAUGCAACAAGUCGGGGCCGUCGCUCUGGCAGGGCUAUGCGUACACGCCGGCGAUGAAAAGCUCCAAAGUCCUGUGGUCUGAAGAUACCAUGGCGGAGUUUCUGCGCUCGCCCAAGCGGUACAUUCCGGGGAAUAAAAUGGUGUUUCAAGGGUUCCAGCGAGACAGCGAUAUCAGAGAUGUCGUCGCUUAUGUCAAGGCGGAGUCCGAGCGCAAAAAGCUGUUCUAGCGUCUUGUUUAACAAUUACAUACAAUCAAUGCCUCUUGUCAUCA